AUGCACACGAUUCCAGGUUAUAACUUGCCCGUAACCCUCGGCAAACUGUGCCUCCCCGCGCACAACUCGCACAAAACAACAAUUCCAGAGAAGCUGGAGCAGUCAGCCCACGAGGAUCCGAAUGUUGACGACAUUGCCGACUUUCUCAUCAAAGCGCCAGGUCUACUACUAUCGGAACAAUUGAACUACACACCAAGCCUCGCAUUGUCAGAGCAAGACUGGGACAAACUUGAGCAGGUCGUCGUGGUGCAAUGCGUGUGCCGCCACAGCCUUGCAGAUAUUAUCCUCACCCUGUCACUUGUGUGA